ACUGCUAAUCAUGCUGCUUUAAAUGUGCAUUUCAUAUUUGACUUCCUUUAGCAAUGCUUUCUUUUGAAAUGUUUUAAAUUUUUCGUUAACUCUGCUGCAUUAAAUGCGCUCUGUAAUUGACCUUCGCAAUGUUUUCUUUGGACAUCUUUAAGAUGAUAUUUUAGUCGCCUGCUGAUUAUUUUGCUUUGAAUGUAUACACAGAGGAGGGGGGCAUAUAGGUGGGAGGAGCUUAAGAGGUUCAGAUUCAUUCACUGGCUUUCAGUGUGAUUUGAGGAUGUUGUGAAGUUCAUAACAACACAAAAUUUUCACUUAUCUCCAGCUGUCAUCGGAAAAUGCCUGCCUAAAUGAGCAGUCAGCCACGAACAAUUUCCCUAUUGUGUUUUUUUUUUAAAAAAAAAUUUCAUGUAAGACUCCGGAGAGAUCUUGCGUCAUCUCCUUCCUGCAAAGGAAACACGCCCAGUUGCUGGCAGGCAAGAAAGAAAACGAAAGCAACUCUCUUUUCCUGGGGAAGCAGCAGCCAUGGCUGCUUCUGCGGGUCCCGUGCAGGAUCUCUUCGAGGAAGCCACUUGCUCCAUCUGCCUGGAGUAUUUCAAGGAUCCAGUGAUCAUCCCGGAGUGCGGGCACAACUUCUGCCAGCCCUGCCUGAACCAGUAUUGGGAGAAAUCCGAAGGAGAGGCUUCCUGCCCUGAGUGCAGGAUAACACUUCAGCACAAGAACCUCAUCCCCAAUCGGUCGCUGGCAAAUGUUGCAGAAAAAGCCAAGAUGCUCCGUGGGGAUUUCUAUGGAAGAAAGCGGGAGGAACGAAAGGAAAGAGUCUGCGAGAAGCACAAGGAGGCCCUGAAGUGCUUCUGCAAGGAGGACGAAAGCCCCAUCUGUCUGGUGUGUGAAAGAUCCAAGGAGCACAAAAGCCACGAGGUGGUUCCGCUAGAGGAGGUGUCCCAGGAGUACAAGAACCAGAUCUGUAGAUGCUUAGGCCAUCUGAGGUAGGAGAAGGAGAAGAUCGUGGCAUUUAAAAUGGACACUGAAGAGGAAAGCCAAGACCUGCUCAAUCAAAUGAAAGCAGAGAUGGAAAAGACAAUGGCUGAGUUCAGAAGUCUACACCAGUUUUUGGAAGAACAAGAAAAGCGUCUUCUGUUCCAGAUGGCAGAGGUGGAGAAGGAGAUCGACAAGAAAAGGGAGCAGCACCUAGCCAGACUCUCUGGGGAACUCUCCUCUCUUGACAGCCUCAUCUGGGAGAUGGAGGAGAAGCUUCAGGAACCAGCGAGUGAACUCCUGCAGGACAUUGGAAGCUUCUUGCAGAGGUAUCAGGAGAAGUUUGAGGAUCCCCCUGUGGCUUUUCCUCCUGCCCUGAAGUGGAGGAUUUGGGACUUCUGCGAUAUAAAUCCCUUUCUGGAUGGUGUCAUGAAGCAGUUCAGAGAAUCUCUGGGAUCUGGAUUUCAGCUGCAGCAAGAAAACGUAACUCUGGAUCCGGACACAGCCCAUCCCCGCCUCAUCCUGUCUGAGGAUCGUAAGAGAGUGAGAUUUGGCGAUGAGGAUCAAGAUCUGUCCGACAAUUGCGAGAGAUUCGACAAGCAUCCCUAUGUGCUGGGACGUGAGGCGUUCACAGGAGGAAGACAUUUCUGGGAGGUCGUUGUGGGGAGUGAGGUGGGCUGGGCUGUGGGGGUGGCCAGGAAGUCUGUGAAGAGGAAGGGUCAGAUCACAUUCGGUCCUGAGGAAGGGGUCUGGGGUCUGGGGAAGUGGUCAGGCGAAUACAAGGCCGCCUCCCACACCUCCCACACUGCUAUGACCCUCCGCGAGGAGCCUGAGAGGAUCCGAGUGACCCUGAACUGUGAAGGGGGACGGGUGUCCUUUUACGAUGCAGAUACGGCAGCCCUCCUCUACACAUUCUCUGCAGCCCCCUUCUCAGGAGAGACCCUCCUGCCUUUGUUUUGGGUGCCCCGUAAAGCCCACCUGACACUCUCUGCCUGGUUGGAUGGGGGACAAUAUUAUCUCACAAGAGUUAUUUCUUCCUUCUCUAGUCCGUUGCUAUCCUGCUGUUCUCUUAACAGGGCCCGCAAGCUACAUCCUUUAGCAACGGGGCUUAGAGGGUCUCUGCCCACCAUGGCCUCAGCUCAGCCGUCCGCUUACAUAGUGGAGGAAGCCAGGUGUCCCCUCUGCAAAGAGUAUUUCACAGAUCCUGUGAGCGUCAACUGCGGCCACAGCUUCUGUUGGGGUUGCAUCAAGGAGCACACGGUGAACUGGAACGUCCUGUGGACCUUGAGGUGCCCCGUCUGUAGCACCAUCCUCCAGAAAGGGAAGUUCCGGGCAAACUGGCAGCUGGCAAAUAUCGUGGAAAGGAUUAAACUCCUUCCACUGAAUUUGGGGGAGAGGGAGCUGUGCAAGAGCCACGGUGAAAAGCUCAGCCUGUUCUGCAAAGAGGACGAGAAAUUGGUGUGUGCGCUUUGUCGAGAAUCCGGAGAACAUUGGACACACACACUGCUUCCGCCGGAGGAGUCUGUCCAAGGUUACAAGGAUCGUCUCUACAGCUGCCUGGAGACUCUGAAGAAAGAGAGGGAGAAAGUUAUGUCGUACAAAGAAGACACAAAAAGGGAAAGCGAAGUCUUGCUUAAGCAAACAAAAGCGAAGAGGAAAAAGACGUUGCUUGAGUUCAGGCAGCUGCGCAAGUUCCUGGAGGAGCAAGAGAAGCUCAUGCUGGCCCAGCUGAAACAAGCAGAGAUGGAGAUCAGGUGGAAGAGAGACGAGCGCAUGGCCCAGCUGUCCGGCGAACUCUUUGCCCUUGAGUGCGUCCUCCGGGAGGUGGAGAAGAAGCGCCAGCAGACAGCCGGCGAGCUCCUGCAGGAUAUUAAAAGCUUCUUGCAGAGGUGUGAGGAAAAGGAGGCAUUCGAGAAUCCCGAGGCUUUUUCUCCUGAACUGAAGUGGAGGAUCUGGGACUUCUGCGAUAAAACCUCUUAUCUAGAGGGUGCCAUGAAGCAGUUCAAAGACACUCUGGUAUUUGGAGUCAAGGUGCAAGAAGGUAAAAUUUUGGCGGCUUUUGAGGGAAAACAUUUACGGGAGGUGAAUCUUGUGAGAGAACUUUCAUUGUCAUCUCAUGGUUCUGUCCUGGUGGCUCUGAAACCAUCCGUGGAAAAAAUCUGUCUCCUGGUUAAAGUGACUUCUCUUUCCUUCCCUCAUAACCCCACCGAAUCCCCAACAGAACAUAUAACUCUGGACCCAGACACAGCUCAUCCCAACCUCAUCCUGUCUGAGGAUCACAAAAGCUUGAGAUGGGGAGAUGAGUGCCAAGAGCGGCCGGACAACCCGGAGAGAUUCGACAAGACUCCUUUUGUGCUGGGACGCGAGGGGUUUACCUCAGGCAGACACUUCUGGGAAUUUGCUGUGGGAAGUGACGGAGGGUGGGCUGUGGGGGUCACCAGGAAAUCUCUGAGCAGAAAGGGUGUGCUGUCCUUGAAUUCGAAGGAAGGGAUUUGGGCUGUGGGGAAGCUGGGCAAUAGAUACUCUGCCACCAACAACCCCCACUAUUCUCCUCUGACCCUGAGCGGGGAGCUCAAGAGGAUCCGAGUUUUUCUGAACGUUGAAGGGGGUCGGGUGGCCUUUUUCGACGCUGACAGUGGAGUUCCCCUCUUCACAUUCUCCGGUGCCUCACUUUCUGGAGAGACACUUCUGCCUUUGGUUUUUCUCAGGGACAAAGCCCACCUCACUCUGUCACCUGGAGAUGGCUCCCUCACAGGCCAUGAUGAUAUCGCUCUGUUGGGAUCCUGAUAAUUAUUUGGUUCAAUGUGGGAACGUGCUCCUCAGGGCGCCUUCUUUAUAGGUCUGAGAGAACCAGGCCCCAGAUUCAAGGACAUCCACCCUUCGUGGGCCCAAGUAGUCCUAGUAGGAGAGAGAGAGCAGCUGUUACUUAGUGCUUAAUAAUAAUAAUAAACUAUUCUAUUUAAGACCCAGGACUCAUUCCAGGGUUUUGAGGACUCUUAAAGUAUCUGUGGUUAUGGCUGCUAUCUUUUUUUACCCAGACUGCAAUGUUCAAAGUUCUAGUUUGGGCAAAAAGCCACAGCAACACUGCCUCCAUCAAUUUGCUCCUUGAUGUACUUCAUGGUGGAACCAGGCUUGUAAAGACUUAAUUGAUGCUUUCCCCCAGGAGUGACUAUUAAUACCACAAAUUAAUUACAUUACUUUGAUUAAUUAUAUGUUGUUGUUGUUUAGUCAUUCAGUCGUGUCCGACUCUUUGUGACCCCAUGGACCAGAGCACGCCAGGCACUCCUGUCUUCCACUGCCUCCUGCAGUUUGGUAUAUAUUGGUCCAAAUACAGAACUGAAAAAGCCAACAUGAGCUUCCAUUCAUAGGCAAUCUGAGAAUUCCUGCUAUACCUUUAUUUCUUACAGUGGCAGUAAUUGCGCAUCAUGGUUGUUGAGAAGAUCCAUGUAUCUGUUCUCACCCCGAUCUUAAUUUCUAUUUUUCUUCUCUACCUGCCUACCUCACAAAACCUUUACAAGCUGUUAGUGAGAUGGAGUGGAAAGAAAACAUUCAUAGUUUCUAUGCAGGCAGACCAGCAUGACAUUCUAGGCAAAACACCUUUCUUCAAAGAGGCCUACUUAUUUGUUGUUUAAAGUAAACGGACCCCUGACCAUUAGGUCCAGUCGUGACCGACUCUGGGGUUGCGGCGCUCAUCUCACUCUUAUGGCCGAGGGAGCCGGCGUACAGCUUCCAGGUCAUGUGGCCAGAGUGACUAAGCCGCUUCUGGUGAACCAGAGCAGCGCACGGAAAUGCCGUUUACCUUCCCACCGGAGCGGUACCUAUUUACCUACUUGCACUUUGACGUGCUUUUGAACUGCUAGUUUGGCAGGAGCUGAGACCGAGCAACAGGAGCUCACCCCGUCGUGGGGAUUCGAACCACCGACCUUCUGAUCGGCAAGCCCUAGGCUCAGUGGUUUAAUCCACAGCGCCACACGCGUCUGUUUAGCAAGCACCAAAUGAGAUGUAGCCUAUGAGAGAAGGGGAUACCUAUUUUGAAGCAGGUAUAGCUAAAUCUGAUUGAUGCAAGGGAACAUUAUUUCACAGUGGGAGAAUACAUCCCUACUGGGCCCCCAGCAUGGCUGCUGUGGGUCCCUGGAUGUCCCUCCUGAUUUUCAUUUUUUUAAAAAUGUCUUGGGUUGGUUGGGGAGGUUUCUUGUUUCGGCAGGGAGCAUUAGCUAUUUUGGUCCGUGUUUUAUUUGUUCGGGGGGGGGGGUUAUAUAUGAAUAUUUUGCCUUGGGGGCGGUGAGCAGUACUGGUUUUUCCCCUGCGAAAUGGGUAUUUUUUGGUGCCAGCAACAGUUUCAUAGAUUUCUAACAGGUGAACCACAGCUGAGCAGAUCCAGAUAUUUACCUGCAGAGAGAACCUCUGAUUACUCCUUUGCAUAAUGUAUAAUAAACAUGUUUUGGUGAUGUUUUAAAUGUGUACAGAUGUUUACUUACAUUUAAAAAAAGGGUUCUCUUUGCAUGGUUUUUGUGUCACACUUCCACCUCACAAAAAUGUCGGUCUGG